CAAAGGAAGAUGGAGAAAGAGGAAAAAUGGGAGGACUAAGAAUUGGUGGAUCGAGGGGAAAGAACCGAGCGGGAGGAGAAAGGAAGGGGCCGGAAGGGGCGAGAGGGAGCCAUGUCCAUCCCAGCACCAGCUACUCCGUGGUAGCCUGCCAUGCUGAUCAGGGCAGACAAUGCAAGAGCAGAGACAGCGUCAGAGGGAGGAGAGCCCUCGGCACUGGCAUCGACGGCUGAGACUGUGGAACAAGCGGGACCAAGCGCCUCCCACCAUGUCAGAGAGCACCUACGCGGGGCACAGGGCGUGGGGCACACGAGGCUUUCUUCUGAGAAAAAAGGCUCAGACCAUGAAUUACGUGGGACAGCUAGCAGGCCAGGUCUUCGUUACUGUCAAGGAGCUGUACAAGGGUCUGAACCCCGCUACGCUGUCCGGAUGCAUCGACAUCAUCGUGGUGCGCCAGCCCAAUGGCAGCCUUCAGUGCUCGCCCUUCCAUGUUCGUUUUGGGAAAAUGGGGGUGCUGCGCUCCCGGGAGAAGGUGGUGGACAUCGAGAUCAAUGGGGAGUGUGUGGAUCUGCAUAUGAAGCUGGGAGAUAACGGAGAAGCUUUUUUUGUUCAAGAGACGGACAACGAUCAGGAGGUGAUUCCCCUGCACCUGGCCACAUCCCCCAUCCUGUCGGAGGGCUCCAUCCACAUGGAGACCCAGCUCAAGCGGGCCGCGCUGGAGCGGAGCCGAGGCCUGGAAGCCGGCGGCUCCGGGCAGGCGCAGGCUGUGAACGAGAUGCUGUGCGCGGGCCUGUCCGUGAAGAAGAGGAGGAAGAGGAGGAGGAAGUGUCAGCUGGACAGCCUGAAGAGGGAGGACACCCUCCACACCUCGGAGGAGGAGGACCUGUUUCCCAUCGAGAUGAGCUCCGAUGACGACCUGGAGCUCUUGGAUAGCAGUAGAACCCUUAUUCACGACGUACCUACAUUUAGAGAUGAAGCACCCCAGAAGAAGCCUCCCAGCCCGACGUUCCUGCCGCCGGCGUGUUACACUAAUUCAGAUAAAGAGUGGUCGCCCAACCAGAGUGAGCCGGUAGAUUGCCAAAGGAUCUCCCCUCAGCUCACGGUCGUGGCGGAAGGCGGCCUUUCUAGCUCUUGUCCUCCACAGUCCUCCCAUUUCCAUUCCUCGGAAAGCCCUUCGGGGUCUCGCCCCGCCACGCCUAAGAGUGAUUCAGAACUGGUCGGCAAGUCCUUGGAGCGGGGCUUGCAGAAGAACAACCCUGAGAUGCUGUGGUUGUGGGGGGAGCUGCCCCAGGCUGCCAAGACGGCGUCCCCGCACAAGGUGAAGGACUCGGCCAACAGAAGCUUUUCCGAGAAGACGCUUUUCCGGGUCAUUCAGAGCGAGUCUUCGGAGACCGUCAGUGACCGCUCGCCCUCGCCGUCGGGGGGCCGCAGCGAGGGCUCUCCGCCCCCGGAGGAGGCCAAGGCCCCGCCUGAGGGGCCGCGCAUGGCGGAGCCCGCGGCGGAGCCCGCCCAGGAGCCGGCGGGGGCCACUGCCGCCCCCGCCCCCGCCCCCGCCCCGGCCUCCCCCGCCGCGGCCCCGCCCCCGCCCCCGCCUCCGCCCUCCCUGGAAGAGUCCAAGCCGCCCCACUCCAACUCCAACCUCCCGGGGACCAAGAUGGACUCUCCCUCCAGGAAGAGAGACAAGAGGAGCAGACACCUGGGGGCCGAUGGCGUCUACCUGGACGACCUGCCCGACAUGGACCCCGAAGUGGCCGCCCUCUAUUUCCCUAAAAACGGCGACGGCAGCGGCAUGGGCAAGAGCUGCAGCGAGGGCGGGCUGCGCUCGGCCAGCCAGUCCCCCCAGUCGGUGGGCAGCUCGGGCGCGGACAGCGGCGUGGAGAGCACCUCGGACGGCCCCCGGGAGCUGCCCUCCAUCGCCAUCUCGCUCUGCGGGGGGCUCAGCGAGAGCAAGGAGAUCACCACGGAUGAGUUCUUAGAACAAGAAGUGUCCUAUCAGCAGUUUGUGGACAACCCCGCCAUCAUCGAUGACCCCAACUUGGUGGUGAAGAUCGGGAGCAAAUACUACAACUGGACCACAGCAGCCCCUCUCCUGCUGGCCAUGCAGGCCUUCCAGAAACCUUUGCCAAAGGCCACAGUGGAGUCCAUUGUGAGGGACAAGAUGCCUCGGAAGGGAGGAAGAUGGUGGUUCUCAUGGAGAGGACGGAACACGGUCAAAGAGGAAAGCAAGCCGGAGCAGUGCUUGUCCGGAAAGGGCAUCAUCAUUGGGGAACAGCCGUCCAAGCUCAGCAUCGGGAGCAGGAUGAAGGAUGAGACGUCCUCCAGUGACGAGGACUCGGUCGGGGCCAAGCAGUCCAGCUCCAGCCUCCACGCGCUGAUGUCCAACGUGAGCUACAAGAAGACUCUGCGCCUCACCUCCGACCAGCUCAAAAGCUUAAAGUUGAAGAACGGUCCCAAUGACGUCGUUUUCAGUGUCACGACCCAGUACCAGGGCACCUGCCGCUGCGAAGGCACCAUCUACCUCUGGAACUGGGAUGACAAAGUGAUCAUUUCUGACAUUGACGGAACCAUUACACGAUCCGAUACAUUAGGGCAUAUUUUGCCCACGCUUGGCAAGGAUUGGACUCACCAAGGAAUUGCGAAGCUGUAUCAUAAAGUCAGUCAGAAUGGCUACAAGUUCCUCUACUGCUCGGCCAGGGCCAUCGGCAUGGCGGACAUGACGAGGGGCUACCUGCACUGGGUGAACGAGCGGGGGACCGUGCUGCCCCAGGGCCCCCUGCUGCUCAGCCCCAGCAGCCUGUUCUCCGCCUUGCACAGAGAGGUCAUUGAGAAGAAGCCCGAGAAGUUUAAAGUGCAGUGCUUGACGGACAUCAAAAACCUGUUUCUCCCUAACACGGAACCGUUCUAUGCUGCUUUUGGAAACCGGCCCGCGGAUGUGUACUCGUACAAGCAAGUGGGCGUGACCCUGAACCGGAUCUUUACCGUCAAUCCCAAAGGAGAACUGGUCCAAGAACACGCCAAGACCAACAUCUCCUCCUACGUGAGACUCUGCGAGGUGGUCGACCACGUUUUCCCCUUACUGAAAAGAAGCCAUUCUUCGGACUUCCCCUGCUCGGACACUUUCAGUAACUUCACUUUUUGGAGAGAGCCCCUGCCCCCCUUUGAGAACCAGGAUAUCCAUUCGGCCUCCUCUAACACGUACUGACAGCUUGGGACAUCGGCGCAAAGGACUGGCUCCCCCCGAUUAAAGGAUAGGCUUUGUGAAGAGUUCGGCCGCGGCCCGGGGCCUUGUGUUCGUUCGCUUCCAAAGAAAUUAGAAACGCUUCCCCCCGUUUCCCCCGUUUCCCCUUGAACCUUCAUCUCGGAGUCACUUAGGAAAGGCCGGUUUUGAGAGUUGGGGGUGGAAAGCCCUGCUGGUCGGCCCCGUCCAGGGACAAGGGCACGGGGCCAUCGCCUGCCGGGCCAGCCUGGGUCUUUGCACUACGCAGGCCUCGAAGCCAAAGUCUGACUUGCCGGAAGGCGCUGGGUUGUUUGUUGUUUUGUUUUGGUUUUGUGGCAGCCCUUGGCUAUUCAGCAAGUCCUGCGACCUGCGCACAAGGUUUCAGGGCAGCCUGGAUGGCACGCGGCUUCGCUGAGCCAAAGGGGAGCUUGCUGUCUCGGAGGAGGCCCCCGGGAGUCCUGCCCUUCUGCUGGGAAAGGCCCUGGGCUGCAGGAAGUUCUCUGGGUUGUGUCUGCAUUUUUUCUGGGCCUGAUUUUAAUUCUCACGCUUGUGUUCUGUGAAAGAUAAUCCGAUUCUCGGGUACGUGCGGUACGGUGCCGUGUUUGCAUUUAUUUUUCUGGCUCCUCCCCACUAGUGCCAGGGAAUGUGUGGGCGGCGGCUACCCGUGCCCUCCGAAGGUCACGAGACACCCGGGCCCCGGGGCUGGGAUUCCCACGUGCAAUAUUCCCCGCUCGCUCCAUUCUGUGCAGACCCUGGGGAAAGGGCCUCAAGCCGGACGGAUGCCAGAGGAGGGGCCGCUCGUCCUCCCACGCCGUCCAGAGGAGCCCGCGUUGUUGGAAGUCCCCGGAGAACAUUAUAACUGCGUUUUGUACGUGGGGUUCGCUACGUCUCCUCCUCCUCGUUGUGUCGGCGAGCCGGCUGGAUUCUCUCGUCCGGAAAGCGUCCGGGAUUCGUCGAUAGUGAUGAGAUUGUAAAAAGUCACAGCCGGGCAGCCAUUGUCCGGCUUUCUAUGCAAAGAGCCAUCGCCUCUAGGAUUUCACAGCGACGUGGCUUGUCUUAAGAAACCCUCUCCCCCCUCAGUUUGGGGCCUCCCGACGAACAGUCGGUUCCAGUCGGAUCCCGUUUCAGAUCUGGAGCUCUUUGAUCCCGGCGGGGAGGCGGCCAUUGCCGCUCGGCCUCAGUGUUCAUCCGGCUGGCUCGCGGGGAAGAGGGAUCGGGGAGGGGAGGCCUGCCGUGCUGACGAGACCGAGCUGCCUAGUUUUGUUUUUUAAAGAGAGUUUUCCUUGGGUAGCUGGGAAUGCUUUCCUAUUUCACUUGCACUAUUAGAGAUGGCUUAAGGAAGUUUUAUUCUUUCUGUGAAAGAAAGUCCAUGGAAAAUCCUCCACUCUGGUGGUUUCUCUCCCAGAAAGAACCCCCGUUUCCCCACCAGGAGUGCUCUGCAUGGAGACCCGGGUCCUUAAGACACCGACCAAACGCACGUACACAGACGGGCACUUCAACGCCUGAGUCUCCAUUAGCCACUCUUGGGGUCCUAGGAGGCUUCUGGAGCCCGGGCUGGGGGGCGGGGAUGGGAAAUGACCCAUUAUCCUUGGGAGCAAGAAGGGUUUUUCCCAGCCCCCUUCUCCCAAAGGGGUCAUUUUAUUGGGGGUUUAAGCUGCACCUCCCCUUUAAAGGGGCGUCCAACAGCAUGGCGCUUUGGGCGCUCCUCUUGGAAGUGGCCUUUGAGCCCCUGUCAACUAGGGAGGCGCGCUGAUUAAUAUGGGGUAUUUGUUUUAAUGUUCGAGCGAAAGAUUGGGGCACUUAGGAAAAUAAUAAUAAUGUUCAAGGUCCAUCACUUUAGAAAAGGAGAAUGUGUGUGUAUUAUAUACAUGUGUAUUACAGUUUAUAAUGUGUAUAUUAUAUACAUGUGUUACAAUAUAUAGUGUAUAUUAUAUACAUGUGUAUUACAAUAUAAUGUAUAUUAUAUACAUGUGUAUUACAGUAUAUAAUGUAUAUUGUAUACAUGUGUAUUACAACAUAAUGUGUAUAUUAUAUACAUGUGUAUUAUAGUGUGUAUAUGUACACAUAUGCAUUGCAAUAUUAUAUAGUGCAUUACAUACAUGUGUGUAAAAGCGCGUGUAUUGUGUUUACAAACAGUAUGCACACACAUGUAAUACACCCACACGCAUCUCCAUACAUACACACGUGUGUGCGGCUCACACGUGAAUCGACGUCCAGGUGUGUGUCCGUGCCUCUAAGCCGUGACGCGACAGCACCGGCCGGGUGGAUUUGAGCCGGGGUUUCCACGUCACCCACGGUCCGUGGUUCUCCCACCUGAAGCACGAACUCCACACAGCGGUCGUCACAGACGAGGAAGACGACGCCCGUCCCGUCGGCGAAGCCAUCGCACUUAAUGGGCCCGGGGUCUUUCCCUCGGCACCCCGCGCCCGGAUCUCUGUAUGUCCAAUGUUUGCAGUGUAUGUCGGCGAUAAACCAAGUCAUUGUCAUGCUUCAUUUUGAAACGUAUUACAAUAAAUAAGACUGAUGGGAUGCGA